CCCUGAAGCAUGUGGCAACCCUAGUUCUAUAGCACGUGUGGUUGAAUCGACAUAAACAAAUUAUUUCCAUUAAAAUGAAGAAAAGACCCGAGGAGACUAUAAUUGAUGAGGAGGAAAGCAUGGAAGAGGAAGGGGAAGAUGGGUCUGAUGACGAAAGCGAAAUGGAUUUGGCAGCCAGCGCAACAGAAUCGGAUACAGAUGAUGAUGCUGAUGAUUCGGAUGAGGCGCAAAGUGAAACUGAGGAAACCGAGUCGCGGACAAAAACGAGGGUCGAACUCAUUGAGGAACAAAUACACAGCAAAUAUGAACAGUUAAGGGGCACACGUCUCUAUGUGCGCUUUCCCAAAAAGUUACCCUUAGACGAACAGGAAUUCGAGACGAAGGUGAAAUCGCUGCAUCCGCUGAUCUCGAAGGCAACAAAGCCACGACAAAAGCACGCGCGCUUUUGCCUUGUGGAUUUCAAAUCGAAGGAAGAUCGCGAUGCAGCCCUGGAGGAUAUGAGGAAAUCAAUUGAAACUGAUGAUGCUUUUAAGGGUUUCUUUGUCUCACUGCCAAAAACCGAUUCCGAUGACUUUGUCAACGAACUUGUUGCGCGCAAGCAGCAAUCAAUUGAGAAGCGGAAAACCAAAAGUUUGUUAAAACGCGCCAGCAAGCAAGUGAACCGCAAGGACAAUUUUACAUCUUCGGUGGUCAUCACCAAUCUGCCCAAGACCGCCUCGUUGGCUCAAGUGCGCCAACUCUUCGAGAAUGCCGUCGAUAUUCAAAUCAAACCCGGCAGAGGUAAAUUCCGUGACUUCAGCGCUGCUACUGUCACCUUACCCACAACCUUUGAGGCUAGGGGUGCUCUGAAAAAGGAUCUAAACCUUGGCGGCAGCAAACUCACGUUGCGUUUCAAUACCCAGCAGAAGAAACGGCGACCGAGGAAGAACGAGAGGAAGCGUUCAGCGACUGGCGAACCUCAGCCCAAGAAACACAAGAAUAAGAAGGCGAAACAGGAUGUGACGGCUGAAUAGAAAAAUAGUUUAAAUAUCAACUAUUUAGAAUAACCCCUAACUAAUAUCUGUAGUAUCUGCCUUUUUUAUAAGAUCUGAUAAAAUGUUUAAUAAACAAAUGUUUAAUGUUUAAAUGUU